CGCCGGCCUCCAGGUCCCGCCGCGCAUGCGCUCGGCGGUCAGCAUGCGGGUCGCGGCCCUGAUCAGUGGUGGGAAGGACAGCUGUUAUAAUAUGAUGCAGUGCAUUUCUGCUGGACAUCAGAUUGUUGCUUUAGCAAACUUAAGACCAGAUGAAAACCAAGUGGGAACUGAUGAAUUGGACAGCUACAUGUAUCAGACAGUGGGUCACCACACCAUUGACUUGUAUGCAGAAGCAAUGUCCCUUCCCCUGUACCGCAGGACCAUAAGAGGCAAGAGCUUGGAUACGGGACGUGUGUACUCCAAAUGUGAAGGUGAUGAGGUUGAAGACCUCUAUGAGCUUUUGAAACUUGUCAAGGAAAAAGAAGACGUAGAGGGGAUAUCAGUAGGAGCCAUACUUUCUGAUUAUCAGCGUGUUCGAGUAGAAAAUGUAUGCAAAAGGCUAAGUCUUCAGCCUUUGGCUUACCUUUGGCAGAGGAACCAGGAGGACUUGCUCAGAGAGAUGAUCGAAUCUGAUAUUCAAGCCGUGAUCAUCAAAGUGGCAGCUUUGGGUUUAGAUCCAGAUAAACAUCUUGGUAAAACCCUGACUGAAAUGGAGCCUUAUCUCUUAGAGCUUUCUAAGAAGUAUGGAGUCCAUGUGUGUGGAGAAGGUGGAGAAUAUGAGACGUUCACUUUGGACUGCCCUCUAUUUAAGAAGAAAAUAAUUGUGGACUCCUGGGAAGUAGUUGUCCAUUCGGAUGAUGCAUUUGCACCUGUGGCCUACCUACGCUUUUUAGAGGCGCACUUGGAAGACAAGGUGUUUCCUGGUCCUGACAACUACAGAACAUCCAAUGAUAGACACAAUUCAUGAAAGUGACAUAGCAUUUUUAAACUAUGAUGCCAACCUUUUCCCUUUCCUUUUCUUUUUUACUUAGAAAAUGACACCUUUUUCAAGAAGAAAUUAACAGAACCAUUGCUUAGCUGUAAAAACAUCAAUAGCUUAUUCCUUCAUAUUGACAACUUCCUUUGGAUUUGCCCUUUCUCUUUAUUUAGCACUUCCUCUCUAUGGCCACUUCCUGGAAUGUGUCUCUUGAUUUCCCUUUUUCUCGCAUGGUACAUUUCUUUCAGAACUCUUUUUUUCUUCUUCCUCUCUUCCUUGCUUGCACCCAUCUCUAGCAGUUACAUCAGAAUGAAGAGUAAUUCAAAUAUAGAUAUGAAUAAAGAAGUGACCAACCUAAUCAACUUCCUCUAUUGGGUGUCAAUUUUGUGUUUAACAUAUGCAUGGUUCAUGAGUUUCAGCAUUCCUAGACAAUCAGGAAGAGCUAUAACUUUCACUGCUCAUGUUAGAAGUGAUUUUAAAUAGAAGUUUAAUAAUUUUACCCAUAUUGACCUUUUAAAUAAUGGAUUUAUUUUUUCAAGUGGCUUUUGGUUCCAGCAAAACUGAGUAGAAAGUAGAGUGCUUUCUACUCAGGUAUACUCCCUUCCUCCACAGCAGCACAGCCCCUUGGCCAGCUGGAGUGGGACGCAGAUGAGCUAGCUUUUAUGUAUCCUUAUCCUCAAAGGUCUAUAGUCUACAUUACAGUUCACAGUUAGCAGUUUGCAUUCUGUGGGAUUUGACAAGUGUCUAGUGAUGUUGAGUAGCACACAGAAUUCUUCUACCCAAACUCCUCUGUGCUCUCCCUAUUCCUUCCGCCCUCUGUGUUAUCCCCGGGCGGUCUGUGUUUGCUUUUCUGGCUCUAUGGCAGGGAGUUGAAAUCAUACAGCAUGUAGCCUUUUCAGAUCAGCUUCCCUUCACCUAUUGGUGUGCUAAUGGUUCCCUGUAUCUCCCUGUGCUGGAGAGCCUAUUUCUUGUUCGUAGCACACACACUCAUUCCAUUGUCUGUAUAUGUGAGAGUUGCGUUUAUCCCCUCAUCUCCUGAUGGGCAUCAUGAUUGCUUCCACGUUUGGCAACUACGAAUAAAGCUGCUGUAUGCAUCCAAGUGCAUGUUUUGGUGUGAUGUAGGUUCUCAGUUUGUUUGUGUAAUUACAGGGGAGCAUGAUUCAUAGACUGUAAGAGUAUGAGAGUUUAGCUUUGGAAAAAACUCCUGUCUUCCAUCAUAGCUGUACUGAUUUGACUUCCUCCCAGUAGUAAUGAAUGAAAGUUCCUUUUCUUCCACAUCCUCACCAGCUUUGGAUGUUGUCCAUGUUUCAGACUUCAGUUAUUCUAAUAGGAUGUUAUGUUGCCUCAUUAAUUGUCUUGGUGUGCAAUUAUCUAGAUGUAUUUUGUUGAGCAUCUUUGCAUAUUUUUAUUUUCUGUAUGUAUAUCUUCUUUGCU